GGACGAGGACGCGCAGCGGCCUUCCAGGUCUAAGAAAACAUCUCAGCUACUCUGGAGCUCGGUGGUCCAGAGCUCGGAGGCUCCAAGUUUGAUCUGAGUCAAGUCUGUAUUGACUUCCGCAGACCUUGAUCAUCCUCUAGAGACUCUUCCUGCAGAAACGACGACUCUCAAACAUGGCUGCUAACCGUCUAGCUCGAGUUGUCGCUCGACUUCAAAAUUUGCCAGAGAUAUCUCUGCCCACCGAUUACCCUAGACCGACUGGGGGAAAUAGGGUGGUAGAGGCCGCGGCCACGCUUGAGUUAUCCGAACAGACAUGCAUCGGACUCAUGAAGCUGGCUCUCUACAAUGAGAACGACGACGAUGGUGACGAGGACUAUGCCGACACAAAUGUCCCCUCCGCGUUUCACCUUCUACUGGCUGCCUUCGUCGUUCUGUUGCACAGGUAUACAGGCGACACAGACCUUUUAGUCGGGUCUUCUUCCGCAUCUGCGCGCGAUCCUCUAGUGCUUCGCAUAGCGGUCGGUCCAGAAGAUCCUUUCUGGGCUGUCGUGCGCAAGGUGCAGCAAGUCGAGCGCGAAGCCGAAGCAGACAGCGUUCCGUACGAAUCCAUCAUGCGUGCCCUCGGCAAGGACAAGGCGGACACCGUGGAAGGCUCCCGUCCAUUAUUUCGCGUUCGAUUUUUCGACGAGACCGACUCACCCCAGGAGCAUUUCCUUCGCACCACCAGCCUGACAUCAGACCUAACGAUCUUCGUUACCCGCCAGCAAGAGUCAAGUCGUUCCUCCAUCGCGCCGCACCUAUCACUCCGUAUCCUUUACAACUCUCUACUGUUCUCUUCUAUGCGCAUAUCUUACAUUGUCGACCAGCUUUCCAUCCUGCUCCGUCGCGUGGCCGCGAAUCCGCUUGCGCCGGUCGGGUCCGUCCCUCUGCUCACCCCAAGCCAAAAGGCCAAGCUGCCAGACCCUACCGCCAACCUCAACUGGUACGAUUUCAAAGGCGCUAUCCCUCAUAUCUUCUCGCGGAAUGCGAGACAAUGGCCAGACCGACCCUGUGUAAUUCAGUCUAUCCCCUCAUCGACCCUGGACCAGCCACAAGAGAAGCGUAUCUUCACUUACAGCCAAAUUCUUCAUGCAUCCAACAUCCUGGCUCACCGUCUUCUCGAAGGGGGCUUGCAACGGGAGGAGGUCGUCAUGAUCUAUGCCUAUCGUAGCGUGGAGCUCGUCGUCGCCGUGAUGGCUGUCCACAAGGCGGGGGGAACGUUUUCGGUCAUCGAUCCCGCUUACCCGCCCUCGAGGCAAACCAUCUACCUCCAAGUCGCCCAGCCACGGGCCCUCGUCGUCCUGUCCGGUGCGGGCAAGAUAUUGCCUCCGGUGCGCGAGUUCAUCUCCAACGAGCUCCAAAUCCGUGUCGAGGUUCCCGCCCUGGCCCUUCUUCCAGGCGGACAGAUCAUUGGUGGUUCGCACUUCGAAGGUCAGGAUGAUGUCUUGAAGUCGCAGCAGCACCUUAAGAAUAUCGACCCGAACGUCCCGCUCGGGCCCGACAGCAUCGCGACGCUUUCUUUCACCAGCGGAAGCACAGGUAUCCCAAAGGGUGUGAAGGGCCGACACUACAGCUUGACGCACUUCUUCCCCUGGAUGGGAGAGCGUUUUGGCAUUGGGGAGCAUUCGAAGUUCACUAUGCUCAGCGGUAUCGCACACGACCCCAUCCAGCGUGACAUGUUCACGCCUCUCUUCUUUGGAGCAAGCCUCUAUGUUCCUACUGCAGACGAUAUCGGCACUCCCGGUCGCCUCGCAGAGUGGAUGGCCGACAACGAGGUCACUGUCACCCACCUGACGCCUGCCAUGGGUCAGCUCCUCUCCGCCCAAGCGACCCGCCAGAUCCCCUCCCUUCGCAACGCGUUCUUCGUCGGCGACGUGCUCACCAAACGCGACUGCCUCCGGAUGCAGUCACUUGCAGCAAACGUGCGUAUCGUGAACAUGUACGGUACGACCGAGACCCAACGUGCCGUCUCGUAUUUCCUCAUCCCAUCCAUAUCCGAGGACGCCACGUUUCUCGCUACCCAGAAGGAUAUCAUACCCGCUGGCGAGGGCAUGGUUGACGUACAGCUUCUCGUGGUGAACCGCAAUGACCGCAACGUCCCUUGUGCGGUUGGUGAAGUCGGCGAGAUCUACGUCCGCUCGGGAGGUCUUGCAGAGGGAUACUCAGACCCCCAGGCAACCGCAGAAAAGUUCGUCACCAAUUGGUUUUCCGCGAACGCCCCGCCCGUCCCGGACACGAUCGCCCAACCACCGGAUGGCAGUCGUCCUGGACCGGAAGCGCAGUUCUGGAAGGGUGUGCGUGACAGGAUGUACCGUUCUGGAGACCUCGGUCGCUACCUCCCGGAUGGCAUCGUCGAGUGCACAGGUCGCGCAGACGACCAAGUCAAGAUCCGCGGGUUCCGUAUCGAACUCGGGGAGAUCGACACACACCUCACACAGCAUCCACUUAUCCGUGAAAACGUCACCCUUGUGCGGCGUGACAAGGAUGAGGAGAAGAUUCUCGUCACCUACUUUGUGCCCGUUAGCGGGCCUGCGCUGGACGAGUAUGUCAGUGACCUCGGUGACGACGCAGACGACAAGGGCUUGGUCAGUGGGAUGCGCAAGUACAGGAGGCUCAUCAAGGAGGUUCGAGAGUAUCUCAAGAAGAAGCUGCCUAGUUACAGCGUUCCGACUUUGUUUGUACCGCUCAAGCGCAUGCCACUGAACCCCAAUGGGAAGAUCGACAAGCCCGCUCUUCCCUUCCCCGACACAGCUCAGGUUGCCCCAGCGGAACCUGCCCGCGCGGGCGAGGCCAAUCCCACCGAACAGGCCAUUCGCGCCGUUUGGGCCCGUGUCCUUCCCAAUGCCCCCUCGCCCAUUCCGCUCGACGAGAGCUUCUUCGACCUCGGUGGUCAUUCGAUCCUGGCGACGCGCCUUAUCUUCGAAAUUCGCAAGGCAUUCCUCGUCGAUGCGCCUCUUGGGCUCGUCUUCGAGAAACCCACCAUUUCUGCGCUUGCUGAUGCUAUCGAGCAUUUGCGUAACGCCGACCUCGGACUCGCGGGACCCACAGCAGGUGGGGCAUCGCCUACUGCACUCACCCAAGACGCCUCGGCAGCAGCAGGAAAGAGGCUCGAAUACGGUCAAGACUACGAGAAACUCCUUUCACAGCUUCAGCCCUCGUAUCCAUCCGUGUCUGCAGACUACGCGAACCGCCCUCUUACGGUGUUCCUUACCGGUGCCACCGGCUUCCUGGGGGCGUUCGUCCUGCGUGAUCUCCUCCAGCGUACUGAACGCGUCAAGAAAGUCAUCACUCUCGUCCGCGCAUCAGACGACGCAAAGGCGGCCGACCGCCUGCGCGAGGCGGCCGCAGGACGUGGUGUGUGGGAUGAGGCGUGGCUCGACAGCGGCAGGCUGGAAGUCGUACGGGGUGACUUGGAUAAGCCGCGCUUCGGCUUGGAUAGCGGUGCGUGGAUCCGUAUCGCUGGCGAGACUGACGCGAUCAUUCACAACGGCGCGCUGGUCCAUUGGGUCUACCCCUACGAGAAGCUGCGGUCUGCGAACGUUCUCGGGACGCUCACCGCCGUUGAACUCGCAGCCACCGGGAAACCGAAGCUGUUCGUCUUCGUCUCGUCGACCUCCGCGAUCGACACGGAGUACUACGUCCAACUGUCCGACAGCACCGGGGGCGUCCCCGAGAGCGACGACCUCGAGGGCGCGCGCUCGUCCCUGAAGACCGGCUACGGUCAGUCCAAGUGGGUGUCCGAGAAGCUCCUGUUCGAAGCCGGUCACCGCGGGCUGCGCGGGCACAUCGUCCGCCCCGGAUACGUCGUGGGCGACUCGAAGUCAGCAGUGACGAACACGGACGACUUCCUCUGGCGCCUCGUCAAGGGCUGCAUCCAGCUCGGGCUCGUCCCGGACAUCAACAACGCCGUGAACAUGGUCCCCGUCGACCACGUCGCGCGGUGCUGCGCGCUCGCCGCCGUCGCGCCCCUGCCCGAGCCCCGCAACGCGCUCAGCGUGCUCCACGUCGCGGCCGCCCCGCGCCCGACGUUCAACGACUUCCUCGGGGCGCUCGCGCAGCACGGCUUCGGGACCGCGCGGUGCGAGUACCUGCACUGGCGCCGGCAGCUCGAGCGGCACGUCAUGGAGGUGCAGGACAACGCGCUGUUCCCGCUGCUGCACUUCGUGCUCGACGACCUCCCGACGAGCACGAAGGCGCCCGAGCUCGACGACGCGAACAUGCGCGCGGUCGUGGGCCCGCAUGUGCCGGACGGGAAGACGAACGGGACGGUGGACGACGCGCUGAUGGGCAGGUACCUCGCGUGGCUCGUCGAGGUGGGCUUCUUGCCGGCCCCGACGGCGCAGGGCGCAGAGAAGACGCUGCCGAAGCUCGAGCGUGCCCCGGGGACUGUCGUGAAGGCCGUCGGGCGGAGUGGAGUUUAGUGGGUACGGUCUGGGUACGGUCUGGUAGCAGAGACAAAAGUGCGCGAGUCCACGGUGGAAAAUGUCUUAAUGUAGACGGAUAGAAGUUUUAGCCUCUUCGCCUGCACCCUGGCAGUCACUGUGUAGAAUUAUACAAAGCAGCGCUGUACUGUGCGGAGAGGUCGAACUAUCGAAUUUCAUGCUCAUGCUAAAC